AUGCCGCCCGCGAGCUCCUCCUUCACGCCUCUCAAUGUCCCAGACGACGCCGUGCCCGAAUGGCUGGGGUCCUUUACCUUGGCCGCGCCUCCGAAUACCGAUCUGUGGAGAAAGCCUCCGUCGGGCGAUGUAUCAACCGCCCCGAUACUGUACACGGCGCUGCGCAAUCCUUUCAUAGCCGCCGAGGUGACUGUCUCUGCCGACUGGGAGCUUGAAUGGGACCAAGGCGGUCUGGUGAUAUUUGCGGGUUCACCGCCGGGCCAGAUGGCAGCAGCAGCGGCCAGGGCGGCGGCGGCGGCGGCUUCGGCGGCGGCUUCAUCAGUCGAAAUGCCCAACAUGGCGGAUAUUGUGCUCCAGGACAGGGCGAGCCCGAGCCCUGCCACGUCACAUUCGGAGUCUCGGAUGCUCAACGGCAUGACGCCAGCACCAGCAACGGCAACGGCAACGGCACAAGCAGACUCUGCACGACCUCUGGACCGCGGACCCCCUCCCGCGUAUCCCUCGUCCCCAACGCCAGCCUCCAAGUGGGUCAAAGUCGGCCUGGAAUUCUGCAACAACGCCUGUCACGCCACGUCGGUAGUUGCAAACAGCGAAGGCGCAGACUGGUCGCUCAGCGCAUUGCCGCCGCACCAGCAGCGCCGCUACACGCUCCGCGUCAAGAUUGAGCGCAUCGGCUACGCCCUGUGGGUCUGGUACGAGGACGAGAUGCUCGGCUGGAAGAAGCUGCGCGAGGUCACGUGGUUUUUCUGGGGCGUCGAAGACAAGGCAGUGCGCGUGGGCGUGUACGCUAGUCGUCCGGCGAAUUUUGGCGUCAGCAUGUUUGAUCGGAGGAGUGCGGCUGGCGGCGAUGGCAGUGGUAUUACUAACGAGAAUAACUAUGGUGCGAGGAAUCUCUGUGUCGAUUUUGAGGGGUUGGAGAUUUUUUAA